CGCGCUCAGUAUAUAUAGGAUUCCACCCCGAUAGCCAGACCACUCCCUCACCACUGUGAGUACUGCUGAGUACUCCUAAAGGCACUGAUAAUGGCCCCUGCAAGCGCUUUCACGCCGAAGGAGUCUCUUACAGAGGCACCUACCAACCUCAAGGAGGCCAUUGACUGGGUCCUAAGGGUCACUGGUAGGGAUGGUAAAGAACUGAGUGGUGAUGAAUGCAUAUGUGGCCUGGCGUCGGCAGUGACUGACCUACUGCAGUCAGUAGAACUCCAGUACCAUGGUUAUGAGGGUGAAGCCAAGGACAAGGGCCCCCAAAAAGAGAGAGUCACAGAGUGCCUCAAUGGACUGUUCUCUCUGGUACAGGGACUAGGUGGUACUGCAGUGGUACGGACCUAUAUAGACCAGUUGGCACAGGUACUCAGUGCACUCGUUGGGUGGAGUAGGAUAGAGAAGUGUGAGAAUAAGGGCAAUGGCAAAUGCACGGGCAAUAAUGGCAAAGGGAAUCAACAUGGCCAAAACAAGGACUGCGAGUAUCUAAAGGAUGUGAGACGGAACGAUCCGUGCACAGACUGUGGGUGUAUGAAAUGGGAUGAUCCCAAGGCGGACAGUAAUGAAGGACACCACCUAGGAAGGAGGUGUACGAAGUGUAUGGAUAAUGGUGGUAGAGAUCCUUGUAACUGUAGUAGUGGUCCUGGUGGUGUCACGCAGUGUAGUGGCACGGAGUGUCAAUGCGCUAAAGCAGGCAAAUGCUGCAAGUGUUGUUGUAAGGGGUGUAAGUGUGGUGAUGUCAAGGAUAGGGAGUGUAGCUGUGACGGUUAUAUGUCAGCAUACCCUAGUACAUCUUGUUAUACAAGAAUAGCAUUCGUUGAGUCUAGAUGGGUAGAUAAAACACGUACGUGGAAAACGUUAGGGAGUUCUACCUUUCGUUCCAAAUGUGCCCGUAUUUUCCUAGGGUCAGUAUGUCUUAUUUGGAGUGGCAUUACUUAUAUGUAUUGGACCGGGAAGUACCAUUCCAGCAGCCCCCGCUGGAACAACCACAUCCUGGACGGUACUGGUCUAGAUGAUGGUACCCUAUCCCAAUGGUUACAGGCCCUAGGGUUUCCUAAGGAUAUGUUGAAUAACCAUGGUCCUGGAAAUAGAUGGGAUGCUAUUAUAUGGGAUGGGCAUAGGGAUAAGUUAUAUUUGGGAUUCCCGGAUACUGGUAAUGGUAGUGGUGUACAUGGCCAUGACUAUGAUGAUAAUACAUUCAGACAACCAGCUGGUAUGAACUAUGCAGGAUACAUACAUACUUUAGAGAAGGGUGCAUUUUGCAGCAACGGUAAUGUCUUCCCUAAGAAUGCUGACGACUCUAGUACUAGUGACACUAACAUCCACAAAUGUGGUGCCCUCAUCAAGCUCUAUAUUCUAUCAUGUGCCUACUUUACUGGAUUGCAGAAAAGGACUACAGAGAGUACUCCAAGGACCCCCAAGACCAUCCGUGAUAUCCUCUACUGGCUAAGUGCAUUGCCCUAUAGUCAAGCGUAUCCAAAGAUACUGGAGCACGGCAAGAAUAGGCUAACAGAGGUAACCAAGAAAACCGGAGACACUGCAUCCACGACCGAGCAGUCCGAACUGAAAUUCCACCAAACAGGCCGUAAUCAUCCCAUAACCGUCCAUGAAUACAACCUUUUUGCCCACUUCCAAGCGGUGACACAGUAUUGCCCACUGGUCCUCAUUGGUAUCCAAGGUGGUUUACACAGUACCAAGAGCACUGACAAAACACUAGAACCUCCCAUCCAUUCCCUCUAUGCCAACACGGAGUGCCACUUCACAUAUCCCACUGUGCCCAUCCAAGCAUACAACCAGGUGGUACACUACAUUAGGGGUCUGUUCUACCAGCUCUAUUUCCUUAGGAAGCAAUGUGCUGUGAAAAUCACUUGUGGAGGGAAGUGGAGAGAGUGUAGGUAUGGUAAGGAUGUGGUGUCCAAGGGGGUAAUUAGCUGGAUGUGCCUGGGGUGUAACCCCAUGGAACAUGAUAGAAAGGGGAGGGUAGAGAAUAUGAAGAAGGGGUUAGUGGGGGUGAAUGGGGAAGUAGCACUGAAGGUAAAGGAAGUACUUCAGAAGAUUGGUGAAGUAGUGGUACAAUUGGGUAAUGCCCAGGAGGCAUUGGAAGGGAGGAAGGGAGAGGAGAUCACAAAGGUGAAGGAUAAACUAGAGGGGGCUAAGGGGGAACUAGUGAAGGCUCAGAAGGAACUAGAGGCGGAGGUGCAGAAAGUGAAUAAGGGUGGGCUGAAUGGAAAACUAGGGGCGGCUAAAAAUAAACUAGAGGAGCUGACGAGGAAUGGUAGAAGUAAUGGGAAACUAGGGGAGGUAGUGCAGAAACUAGGUGGUGAUGCUGAUCCCGGUAAGAAUAAGAUAAGUGAGGCUAUCAAUAAGGUAUAUGAGGUGCUGACGCUAUUGAAGGAGUGGUCAGAGAGCGAAGGGAAUGAAAUGAAACAAGGGGCCAAAGAGGUAUUAAGUGAUUUUGCCGCAGGUUUAGACGAUAACUACAUAGAAGAUAUCCUACAACAAGGUGUUUCCCACGAGUACACCACGCUGCUCGAUGCCAUCGAAAAGCUCCUGUCCAUCUGCAACUCUCCCAAGUGCCCUGGAUGUACAAAACACAGCGACAAGUGUGGCCAACCACCAAAGCCCACUGUCUGUCAGACCUGCCUCCAACCCACUACCACUGGUGUCCCCUCCCCCCUCCAGGCAUUCCUGGAGGAUAGGUUGCCAGGAUUUAGUUGUAGUGAAGUACCAGACACCGACCAGCCAGACUAUCCCUCUGCUGCAUCCCACUUGGGACACUGCGGUGGCUCUGGCCAAUGCUGCCCACUGCCAAUGGGUUUCAGAAAUAACUUCCAAGACGGCGUCACCCAUACCGGCAAACGCCUUUAUGGCAUACUAUACUUCUUCAGUAACGAGAACAUGAUGCAGUCGUGUGUCUAUACAUUGGUGAGGGUAACAGCAGAACUCAGUGCCACGACACCACAAGUACUGGGUGAUGUAUUUGGGUUCUUUAGGGGUGGUGUGGGAGAGAAGGAAAGUGGAAAGACUAAGAAGGGACAGGAUGACACGAAAUGUCAGCACCAAGGAGAUCCGUCUCAGAAAGGAGACAAUGACUACUUUUGCGGCUGGUGUGCCUCUGGGUUACGGGAUGAAGUAAAGAAGAUUGAGUGGAUACCAAAGAAGGACGGUGAUGGAGGGCAGUAUAGAGGCACAGUAGGACAAGCACUGAUAAAUAUUAAGGGAGAGAAGGACAGUAGUGCCACUCCCACCAACACUUCCCUCUCAACACUCACUGACAGUAACCACUACGUAUCCCCCCUAACCGGUGAACUCUAUACGGCCGUGAGUGCCACCUUCGGUGGAACAUACCUCUCAUGGGUACUGUACCUAUCUGAUGCACUCCAUUCAGGACUAGAGUCACUGUCUCAGGAAUUCCAACAGAUUGAAUGCCGGGGCUGUAAGGGAAACUGUGAUCCCAAUAAGUGCAGGAAGGGAAGUCAUGGAAGCACUGCAGAGGGCUCUAAGGGCACAGCACUCUGCACGUGUCAAUCAAUCGUAUCAUGUACCGGGGUACUACCCGUAUUGUAUAGACAUGGAUUCAGCUACGGUAACCCAUUCAAUCUGGAGGGGUACCAGCAGGAGAAGAAGGAUGAAGGAGAUUAUAGCAUAGAUAACACGAAGAAGACUAGGCAGUGUCACCAAUUCUUGGACAGUCUCAAUGCAGUGAUCAAGAACAAGCAGGACCAGGCCACCUCUCAGGAACAUCCAUUGACAGAACUCCUCACCCAGGUCGGCCAACUGCAAUACGACAUACGCCUCCCCUGGAUCUUUGUCCUCACGUUAGCCUGGCUAGUAGCAGUACUCUACCUUGCCUUUGGAGCCAUAUGGCCACUGGACUGGACACAUAUGAGGUCGCAUUGGUUACGGGGUGGAGAACACCAGUGGCAAUGUAUGUGGUAUAAGGUGAUGACGGGGCGGAAGGGGGUGGAAUUAGUGGAGUAUUUUGGUAGGAGGUAGUGGCGCCUUCGGCGCAACAGUGCUAUAAUG